AUGUUCAGUAUUUUACGUCCAAGAAUACUCGGAAGAGCACCUUGUUCUCUUAGAUAUAGCUCUUCAAAUCCGAAGACAGAUCCUUUGGCAAUACUGAGCGGAAUAAAUAAAAACCAGCAAGCAGACUCUGGCAUCAAAACGUCCUUCUUAGGAGAGAGCAAUUUUUCCGUAAGCGGAGCUUUCAAAGAGCCUAACUGCCUUGAAUAUGCUACCAAACUUCCUCUUGAUGGAAUCCAUGCAGGACGCUCCAUCUUGGUGAGAAAAGGAGAUCUCAUGAGAAGUAUCAAAAGAUUGGAAACAAUGACUAGAUCUACGAAGCUGAAAAACGCGUACUACGAACAGAAAUUCUACAUGAAGCCAAGCAAGAGAAAGUUGCAGCAAAGAAUCAAAAGCAAGAAAACACGCUUCGAUGCCGGUAUUAGAAAAUUGUUGGGUGUGGUGCGGAACGCUGUUAGAAGAGGAUAUUAA